UCAUAUUUAUUCGUAAAAGUCGUGAGAGAAGUAAGAACGCCCGCGUCUCGUCGUGUUUCGUUUAUAGCACACAAAAAAAGAAAGAAAAGCAAAUACAAAAUAUAUUUAAACAAAUCAUUAUAAAACUUAAUCGCUUAAUUAGAAAAUAAAUAUUUCUCUAAUUUUAAGUUGAAUGCGCGCAUUGUACACAAUUUACAUGAGCAAAAUUCUACAUGCAUUGCAUAUGUUUGCAUAGGCGAAGAAAAAAAGUAACAAAUGAAACGAGCAAUCAAGCCCACAACACAGAAAUAAAUGAAGUGUAACAACAAUUAAUUAAUUUGUUAAUUAACUAAACACAAAACAAACAAAAUAAAAUCACAAUUGCAGAUUUGAAACGAGUUAUAAACAGUGAUAAAUAAAUUUCCUCAAAAAGAGAAAACAACAAAUCGCCAAACGAAAACAUUUUUCAUUUGUUCGCAACAUAGCCACCAGUACAAUCACACAACAACGCAGCAAAGUGGAAAAAUAAGAAUAAAGUGAUCUUCGAACACAACGUGUGCCAGUGACGACAGCCAGUCAGUAUUUUAUCGAGACCAGUUUGUUGAAAAUUUUUCAAAAUUGCGAAACAUAUUUUAAGCUUUUUAAAAAAGAAAAAGACCCCUCAGUCUUCUGGCAGCGGCAGUGAGGACAACAAAUCCCUACAGCAGCAGGAGUCCGCACAGUUGAGCAAACAGCUUGAGCCAAGCAGUCCCGGCGCGUCGUCUAGCAAGUCGUCGCCGUCACCGCUGACGACCGCGACUAAAUUGGACACAGCUGCUGCACGGCCACAGGCAACCAACACAUCUACAACAUCGGCAGACCCAUCGGCACAAAAAGCCUCCAAAAUAACACCACCCACAGGUCCCCAGUCUACCAUAUCGUCGCCGCCUACAACGCAGGCAACAACCGCCUCGGGCGAUACAACAGACGCUGCCGGCUCAUCCGUAUCAACCACAGCGACCUUCCGUCUCUCUUCGUUAACAGGUACCAUCUCGAAAAUGGGAAAUAACGCCACCACUUCCAACAAAAAAGUGGAUGCUGCCGAGACCGUCAAAGAGUUCCUCGAACAGGCCAAAGAAGAGUUCGAGGACAAAUGGCGCCGCAAUCCAACCAACACCGCCUCUCUCGAAGACUUUGAACGCAUCAAAACUCUGGGCACGGGCUCCUUUGGUCGGGUAAUGAUAGUACAACACAAGCCGACAAAAGACUAUUAUGCCAUGAAGAUUCUGGACAAGCAGAAGGUUGUCAAACUAAAACAGGUCGAGCACACGCUCAAUGAGAAGCGUAUCCUACAGGCCAUUUCAUUUCCAUUUUUAGUGUCGUUGCGCUAUCACUUCAAGGACAACUCCAAUUUGUACAUGGUGCUCGAGUAUGUACCGGGUGGUGAAAUGUUCUCGCAUCUACGUAAAGUGGGCCGGUUCUCGGAGCCCCAUUCGCGCUUCUAUGCUGCGCAAAUUGUACUCGCUUUCGAGUAUUUGCAUUAUCUUGAUCUAAUCUACCGUGAUUUGAAGCCAGAAAACCUGCUUAUCGACUCACAGGGCUACCUCAAGGUAACUGAUUUCGGUUUUGCCAAACGUGUCAAAGGCCGCACCUGGACAUUGUGCGGUACUCCUGAAUACCUCGCCCCCGAGAUUAUUCUCUCCAAGGGCUAUAACAAAGCUGUGGAUUGGUGGGCCCUCGGUGUUCUUGUCUAUGAAAUGGCCGCCGGUUAUCCACCCUUCUUCGCCGACCAGCCUAUUCAAAUCUAUGAGAAGAUUGUGUCCGGCAAAGUGCGUUUCCCCUCACACUUUGGUUCCGAUCUGAAAGAUCUGCUGCGCAACCUGUUGCAGGUCGAUUUAACCAAACGUUAUGGCAAUCUGAAGGCGGGUGUAAAUGACAUUAAGAAUCAGAAAUGGUUCGCUUCCACAGAUUGGAUUGCGAUCUUCCAGAAGAAAAUUGAGGCUCCAUUUGUGCCACGGUGUAAGGGACCCGGUGACACCAGUAACUUUGACGACUAUGAGGAGGAGGCGCUGCGGAUCUCAAGCACCGAAAAGUGCGCCAAGGAGUUUGCUGAAUUCUAAUUGUAUUCAAACAAAGAUAUUUACCCUUUAUACACACAAACAUACAAACACAUACAUCUUUUCUUUUUUUGUAAUAUGUAUGCGUCGUCGUUGUCGCAGCAAUCGCUCCAGCUCCAGCUCCAAGACGCCCCUGUCGCCGUCGCUGUUCAUCAUAUUUCUCAUCACUGGUUGUUGUGUGGGUUAGUGGUGGGUACUAAUAUAUAAUGUGGCGGUACUGCAAAUGGAUCGUCGUACUUUUGUAAAUUAUUAAAAACUUAGAAAAACAAAAAACAACUACAAAAUACCAAACUACAAUGUUAUAAAGUAAAAAAUCUAAAACAACAACAAUCAUAAACUAAUUAAAGGCAUUAAUAUAGAAACAAAACAAAAAAAAAAAAACAUAAAUCCAAUCACACUCGUUGUCACCAUAUGUAACCGUGGUCUUCGUAAAUCAAUCAUAAAACCAAUCACUGCUACGUUUACGGUACGUAGCGUUUACAAUACGUCGCGCGUUCUUUUCUUUUCGAAAAUAAACAAAACAGAAAACUUCUUUUUUGAUGGGACCGAGAGAAGCUGUGAAAAAAGAAAUCAGAUUGAGAUGUGAAAAGUGAUGGAGAAGAAAGAAGUGUAAACGUAUAGCGGCUAGUUAAAAUUCCAAAAAAUAAAGAAACAAGUUUCAAAAACUGUUGUAAUGGAUGGAUUUUGACAAGACGAUAAGUGGUGUUUAAAAGAAAAGUUAUAAGGCAUGUGUAGGAGCGAUCCCUGAACUGAGCCUCCAUGAAUGCUAAAAUUACUCUCCCCAUAACCAAAACAAAAAGAAAA